UAUCGUCAAACUCAAACUGUCAAAAUUACCUAGAAUGUUUGGUUUGUUUGUGUUUUAAGUCCAUGCAAGUUUGUAGAAACCCUGAAUAGUAGAAAAUAAAUAAUAAUAAUAUACUUUGUGUUUGUAUAUUACAUGAUAAUAAAGGAGGUUUAACACAUGCUUAACUGGAAUAUAUUAUCGCGUGAACCUCACAAUUGAAAUUUAAAAAAAUAAUGUCUAUAGAAAUAGAGUCAGCGGAUGUGAUCCGUCUUAUACAACAGUAUCUGAAAGAAUCUAACCUCACGAAAACAUUGCAGACACUACAGGAAGAGACAGGGGUCUCUCUCAAUACUGUCGAUAGUGUUGAUGGAUUUUGUGCAGACAUUAACAAUGGGCAUUGGGACACAGUUUUGAAAGCAACGGCAUCUCUUAAACUACCUGACAAGAAACUGAUGGAUCUCUAUGAGCAGGUGGUACUGGAACUAAUAGAAUUGCGUGAACUUGGAGCUGCCCGUACACUGCUGCGACAGACUCACCCUUGCCUUCUUAUGAAGCAACAGGAGACGGACAGAUAUAUGCAUCUUGAGAACAUGCUGGCGCGCUCGUACUUCGACCCGCGCGAGGCGUACGGCGGCGCGCGCGGCGCGGCGGGCGGCGGCGGCAAGGAGUGGCGGCGCGCGGCGCUGGCGGCGGCGCUGGCGGGCGAGGUGUCCGUCGUGCCGUCGUCGCGCCUGCUGGCGCUGCUGGGGCAGGCGCUCAAGUGGCAGCAGCACCAGGGUCUUCUGCCCCCCGGAACCACGAUCGAUCUCUUCCGGGGCAAGGCGGCCAUAAGGGACGAGGAGGACGACCAGUGCCCUACGCAGCUAUCGAAAAUUAUAAAGUUCGGUCAAAAAUCACACGUCGAAUGCGCAAGAUUCUCUCCAGACGGCCAGUACCUGGUGACGGGCUCCGUGGAUGGGCUGGUCGAGGUGUGGAACUUCACGACGGGUAAGAUCCGCAAGGACCUGCGCUACCAGGCGCACGACGAGUACAUGAGCAUGGAGGAGGCCGUGCUCAGCCUCGCCUUCGCACGGGACAGCGACACGCUGGCGGCGGGCUCCAACGACGGCAAGAUCAAGGUGUGGAAGGUGUCCACGGGGCAGGUGCAGCGCAAGCUGGAUCACGCCCACUCCAAGGGCGUCACGUGCUUGCAGUUUACUCGUGACAACACGCAGAUCCUCUCCGCUUCUUUCGAUCGAUCUAUCAGGAUCCACGGACUGAAGUCGGGCAAGAUCCUGAAAGAAUUCCGAGGACACACCUCCUUCGUGAACGAGGCCGUGUUCACACCCGACGGCCACAGCGUGCUCAGCGCCUCGUCCGACGGAACCGUCAAGGUGUGGUCGGUGCGCACGGGCGAGUGCUCGGCGACGCUGAAGCCGCUGGGCUCCGGCGAGCCGCCCGUCAACUCGCUGCUGCUGACGCCCAAGAACCCGGACCACUUCGUGGUGUGCAACCGCACCAACACCGUGGUCAUCAUGAACAUGCAGGGGCAGAUCGUGCGCUCGUUCUCGUCGGGGCGGCGCGAGGAGGAGGGCGGAGCGCUCGUGUGCGCCGCGCUGGGCGCGCGCGGCCGCCUCGUGUACUGCGCCGGGGAGGACCUCGUGCUCUACGCCUUCUGCGCCGCCAGCGGCAAGCUGGAGCGCACCAUCAACGUGCACGAGAAGAGCGUCAUCGGGAUGAGCCACCACCCGCACCAGAACCUGCUGGCCACGUACGGCGAGGACGGGCUGCUCAAGUUGUGGAAGCCGUAGGCGUCGCGUUCGAUUUGGAGAUCUCUCUUUUUCUGAGUGUGACCGUUGCGAGUGCUCACUGAUAUUGUAAAAAGUUUAAAUCUUAAGCGAUCGUUUGAAAGUAAAUGACUGUAAAACUGAUAA